CAAGCCCCUUUGAUGGUGAACGUGAGAAUAGAGUUUAGUCAGUGGGAGUGGGGAAUUCUCUGAAUUGUGACGAGAAUGUUGUUACAUAGAUGAAGCGCAGUGUGUUAUCCAGUUCGUUUUAAAUGUUUUCGUAAGUUAUCCAGUGGAAAAGUGCUAGUAAAAUCGUUGAAAACAAUGGCCCACGGACUGACAACCGUGUUGAAACGGAACCAGGCCUCGGUUACGUGCAAAACAGAGGGCAAAAGCGGGGCUGGAUCUCGGAGGAUCUUCGCCCCACAUUUCAAGUUACAAGUGUUGGAUUCAUACAGAAACGAUGCCGAUUGUAAAGGUAAUCAACGGGCAACCGCAAGAAAAUACGGAAUCCACAGGAGGCAAAUACAAAAGUGGCUGCAGGCUGAAAAUAACCUGAGAAAUACGGUGUGCAAGACGAAAAGUGAGUGCGGAAACAUUACGGACACUCGUAAUAUCAAUAAUAAUAAUCACGAAGUGAAAAGGUACGGGAUCGAGAUGGCCUUGAGGAUCGGUAGACUGCAGGACGCCUCGAGUUCCCAGCAGCUCGGAGAUGGCGUCAAGCUUAUUCCGGCGCCAAGUCAACUCGAGGUCAAAGCGACCUCCGUCCCUGCCCCGGCCCCCCUCGAUUUCACAACGCAUUCUCGCGCUGCUUGCUGUGCCAGCCCGAUCGUCGCCACAGAGGUGACCGCCGUCUCCCCGCACCUCACCGAUUCGCCCAUGGACUUGUCGCUGAAGAAGAUCGCCUCGGGCUCGCCAAGCCCCGGUGCACCUGUGCCUUACCCCCCUUCGCCGAUCGCGACGCCACUGGGUCUCGCAGCUCAACCUCACCCAGAUGUGUGGGACCUUUCGUUAAAGCGUAAGCUCGACGUUACGUGCUUGUCACCCGCUGAAUCGCCAAAGCCCGUCAAGCUGUUCAAGCCUUAUCUGGACGAUUUCAACAAAGACACCACGUCUUCUUCGUCUUCGUUCUCCUCGUCCUCGUCCUCCACCUCAAGUUGUGAGGAGUGCCUGCCCCCUUGUUGCUCGCAAGCUAUAACGCCUCCAACAUUCCCUUCUGACUACUAUUUCUACAACCACAACAAUAAUGUCUGCGAUAUCAAAGCUGAAUAUACCAUUCACGAAUUACAGCCCAAAUCUUCCCUUAGUUGCUGCUAUCCAUACCCUUACAACGUACCAGAAUACGAUCGACCAUACUAUUGCCAAAAUUAUGACGAUUCCUAUUCACCAACCUUAGCUCCCUUGAAACAGAGACAAAGCUACAGCUUGGACUUCAAAUUAAGUGCAAUAGAUUGUUAUUACGAAGACUCCACAUGUCGAGGAAAUCAGAGAGCAGUUGCCAACAAGUAUAACAUCCAUAGGAGACAGGUCCAGAAAUGGUUGAAGCAAGAGGAUGAAUUACGACAAAGAAAUCAAAUCGUUAAACAUACCCAGCUCGUUAGGUGAGAUCAAGUUGAUCGGUUUGUUUUUUGUUUAAGCCACAGAGUCUAAAACUUAUAUAUAGUUAUAUAUAUUGUAUAUUAACAAAUCCCAGUGAAAUAUUUUAUCUAGUUUGUAUAUUCUUUAUCUAUAAAAAAAAUAAGAUUUAUCUAUAUAACAUGUUUCUUUGACAUGAGCAAUAAGAAAGACGUAUUACAUAUCCAUUCGAAGCCUUUAUUGUGUAGAUGCCUUACUUUUGUCUGUAAAUAAUGUAUAAUCCUAAUAUUUGGGUGCUAGAGAAAGACUUUACACCUUAUAUUCUUAUAUAUCUGAACGAGUGCCUUCUAGAAUUAUAGAAAACAGUGCCAAAUGAAAUGAUCUAUAAAUAGUUCUGAUUCAAUAAGCCAUUACUAAUCAAUAUAUUAAAGACGAGGUCAAUAUUCGUUGAACCCGUUUACAUGAACUCUCAAUAUUCAACUGUGACAUUAAAAAUUAUAUUACGUUGUACAGAUUUUGUCAAGUUAUAUUGACAAAUAUGUCUUGACUAUAGAAUGGAAAUUGAUGGUGCUAUACGAUCGUAUGUUGGAUCUAUAAAUCCAUGGAAAUGAGAUUGUAGGUGUCAAAUUUUAUACAUAGAAUAUAUUUUAAUUUAUCUGUUUUUGUAAUUUCAUUUCUCGUAUGGAUUUUUUUUUAGAAAUAUCAGUUUCUUUUCAGUAGGCAGCUUUCCAGAAAAUUUUUUUUUUUCAUUGUUCACAAUCAGUAUUAGAUAUUGAUAUUAGUAUCGUAUUCGUUGAAUAUUGAUGUUCAAACGAGGCCAUUAGUGAAUUAAUUAUUAUAUAUAUUCAAUGUAGUCUGAUAAGGUUUAUCGUUUUGAAUCAAUUCAACUAGUCUUCCAUUGCGUUACUUAGCAUGGGCAGUUAUUUAACUGUAUUAACAUUUUAAUUAUAAUAUUUACUUGAUGAUGCAAUACAUUUGAAAACAUAUUUUCAUUCAAUGAAAUGAUUUGUAACAUAACUUUUCAAACUACUCUAUGUGAUAUUCGAAAAUUCUGUCGAUAAUAUUUGUCCAAUAUAUGAAAUUUUUGAUUAUACAAAUGUACAUACUUUUGAAUUAUCAAAUGAAAUUUGUACCUAAUGUUAAAAUGAUUAAGCUCAAAAUUUUUGCUCAAAAAUGGCCUCGGACAAGAAAUUACCAUAUCAGACCGGUUUGUUAAUUUGUAUGUUAAGGGGUCUGUUGUACAUUCAAGAAGAUAACGAUAUUUUGUAUGAAAUGUGUAUAUAUUCAGAGAUAAAUGUUUUAUUUGAAAUAUUUUAGGAUUUUUCGAUUCGAAAUACCAAUGUUUAAGGUAUGGUCAGUUGAAAAGUCUGCAGAGUAUAAAUUAUAUUAAUAAAUUUUUUUACUUA